AUGUGUUUUUUAAUAAAAUUUAUUGUAUUAAACUUUUUAAUAUUGCAAUCAAAUGCAGAAUUUGAUUUAACAGAACUAACUGUACACAAUUAUCAUUUAAGAACUGGAAUACCUGAAGCUGCAAGGCUGAUGGCUUUGGAAGCAAAAGAAUUAGCAUUAAGGAAUGUAAAUCAAAUCGUUGGUGGCAGAGUUACGGACGUUUCUGAAGUACCAUACCAGGCCGGUCUUGUCAUAAAAGUCCUACGUUUGCUGACGUCGGUCUGCAGUGGGUCCCUUUUGUCACCAACACGAGUCUUAACAGCCGCUCACUGCAACCACGACGGGCGAACCACAGCACAAGACAUAACAGUUGUUCUGGGUUCCAACCGCCUCUUCACUGGCGGGGAACGAAUCGACUCAAAUGGAAUAGUUGUGCAUGACGAUUGGAAUCCUGAUACGGUGGAAAAUGAUAUUGCCGUAGUUUUUAUUCCGGCGAUCACUUUUACUGAUCUAAUUCAACCUAUUAAUUUGCCGGACCCUGAACGAGAAUUGUUUCUUAGCGGGACAGCAAUUGCUUCUGGAUACGGAUUAACAAAGGACGGUGAGUCUAUCUCGAGGAAUCAAUUGAUAAGCUCAGUAAUACUACCAAUAAUAACCAAUGACAAGUGCAAAGAAGUUUAUGGUGAUAUUGUUAGAGAGACAACUAUUUGUACUGAUGGUAGAGAUGGUCACGGAACCUGUAAUGGAGACUCUGGUGGCCCUUUGGCUGUUGAUGUUGAUAACGAGAGAGUGUUGAUCGGAGUCACAUCAUUCGGUGCUCGUGUUGGUUGUGAAAAGGGAUACCCAGCUGCGUUUACACGAGUCACGUCAUAUGUCUCCUGGAUUCUAUCACUUUGA